AUGGAGGGAAGUGGACUACAAAUAGGAAAACAUGAGAAAUUAAUACAUGUUGCAGUGCUCGGUUAUGUUAAGGCCACGCACCCCGCUGAAAUAAUGAUCGUCCUCGUGGACCACACUGACAUUGCACGACUAUGCGAACUUUUUGCCGGAAUUGGAGUAAAAGACUCGGACGAAGUAAAAAUAUCAGCGGUUACUACAACACUCCUGUGCGAAGUUUGCAUACCGGUCGUUUAUGAACCCCAAGGACCCAAUAAAAUCAAUCUUUUGAUCGUUUUCAACAACCCACGGAAAAAAGAAAUUCAAAAAAGAAGCAAAAGCUUUUUGAACUCCCACCAAGCGCAGGAUUGA